ACAAACAAAAACCAAGUGUCAACGCGUGCGUGAGUCUGGCGGCUUCUUUUCCGGUGUUUAUCUAGAAUUUUCUCCGAUUUUAAGUGUUUAAUCAAUAAUAAGACAUACCCAAAUUGUUGAGAAGUGUCCAGUGAUACCAUCUGAGCAAGAUGAAGAUUGAGGAAGUGAAAAGCACGGUGAAAACACAGAGAAUUGCCGCCCACAGUCACAUAAAGGGGUUAGGUUUGGAUGAGAAUGGAGUAGCUCUGCAGAAUGCUGCUGGACUCGUUGGUCAGAAGAAUGCCCGAGAGGCUGCUGGGAUUGUAAUUGACUUGAUUCGUAGCAAAAAGAUGGCUGGGCGGGCUCUUUUGCUGGCUGGUCCUCCAGGAACGGGAAAGACAGCUAUUGCCCUGGCUAUUGCUCAGGAGCUGGGCAAUAAGGUACCUUUCUGCCCGAUGGUGGGCUCGGAAGUGUUCUCUGCCGAAAUCAAGAAGACCGAGGUGUUGAUGGAGAACUUCCGACGGUCGAUUGGUCUCCGGAUCCGGGAGACUAAGGAAGUUUACGAAGGGGAAGUGACAGAAUUGACUCCAGUGGAAACGGAGAAUCCCAUGGGAGGAUAUGGGAAGACAAUUAGCAAUGUGGUGAUUGGUUUGAAGACGGCCAAAGGAACGAAGCAGCUAAAGCUCGAUCCCAGCAUCUACGAAUCUCUGCAGAAGGAGAAGGUGGAAGUGGGAGAUGUGAUUUAUAUUGAGGCAAAUAGUGGAGCGGUUAAGAGACAAGGACGAAGUGAUACAUUCGCAACGGAAUUUGAUCUGGAAACUGAGGAGUAUGUUCCUCUGCCGAAGGGAGAUGUUCACAAGAAGAAGGAAGUUGUUCAGGAUGUGACACUGCAUGAUCUGGAUGUGGCCAAUGCUAAGCCUCAGGGUGGUCAGGAUGUCUUGUCGAUGAUGGGACAGUUGAUGAAGCCCAAGAAGACAGAGAUCACAGACAAACUGAGGAUGGAAAUUAACAAAGUCGUCAAUCGGUACAUCGAUCAGGGAAUUGCUGAACUCGUUCCGGGAGUGCUGUUCAUUGACGAAGUGCACAUGCUGGAUCUGGAGACUUUCACAUAUCUCCAUAAAUCUCUGGAAUCCGCAAUAGCUCCUAUUGUAAUCUUUGCCACAAAUCGUGGGCAUUGCAUCGUCCGUGGAACUGAUGAUAUUGUCUCUCCACAUGGGAUACCUCUGGAUCUCUUGGAUCGCUUGCUCAUCAUCCGUACGCUGACGUACAACGUCUCGGAGAUUGAGCAAAUCAUCAAAUUGCGGGCUCAGACGGAGGGAUUGCAGAUCGAGGAGUCGGCUGUGGCAGCUCUCAGUGAGAUUGGCAAGACGACCACUCUCAGAUACGCUGUUCAGCUCCUAACGCCGGCUUUCCAGACCUGCAAGGUCAAUGGGAGGAGUGUCAUCUCAAAGGAAGAUGUCCUUGAGAUCAGUGCACUCUUCCUGGAUGCCAAGAAGUCAGCUAAGUUUUUGUCAGAGAAGAAUAACAAGUACAUGAUGUAAAGAAUUCCAGUUUGUGCGAUUUUUUGAGGAAUGAAUAAAAAGAAUUAUAAAAAAAAUGUGAUUUUUGUGACUCCCGUAAAGUGGCCAAGGCGCAGAACCAUGCAAAUCUCGUAGAAUCCUCUUGACUUAGUAGUUCUUUUGCUUUGACAUCAGUUUUGUGUACUCCUUUCCUUAUUAAAAUCAAUCAUCGGGAGUCCCGGAAUAGGCAUCUGCGCACGGAGUAAUCUUGAGCGCUGCGCGCAAGAGCGCGGCAGAGUUUGCGCGCAAAAGUGCGCAAAAAAUUUUUCGACGCUGGCUAUAAAUUAGACAUACAAUGCUCGCUUUGUAAUCCGGAUGAUUGGGAGACAAUAUGACAGAUGUCCGCUUCGUAAUCCGGAUGAUUUUUUUGAAUUUGUUCAACGUCUCG